UACACUACUGCUUCAACGCCUCCACCUUCACUAACAGUACUCUCUUUCUCUCUCUAACUCCGUUUUUUUUCACUUUCUCUCUCUUCUUAAUUUCUCAUCAAAUCUGUCCCAGAAAGAACAAUAAAAUAAAUCUGAUAAAUCCCUUCGCAAAAUUAAUAGCAAAUAAGAAAGAGAAGAAGAUGGUUAGCUGAUGAUUUUGUGCUUCCUCUCUCUCUCUCUCUCUCUCUCUCUCUCCUUGAAUUAUAUUCCUCAUGUGCUCAGAAAUCAACCGGUUUUCUUCGUAUCUGAGGAGGAUGACGUCAUCGGAAGACGGUGGUAAUUGUAGCCCGAGAUUCGGCGUCGUCGGAGAUUCGGGCUGUUCUUGUCCGGAAAUUGAGCCGGAGAUUACAGAAACGGCAGCUGAGGAAGAAAAUGAAAUUGAGAAAUUAAAGAGGAUAGCGGAUAAGGCUAGGGUUUCGUUGAGGGAAUCGGAGAAGGAAAUUGAUGCGGUGGCGGAAGAUGACGACGGGUUUAAAACUCCGACGUCCUCCGAUCACAGGAUUCCGGCGAUCACGGAGUGUCCGCCGGCGCCGAGAAAAACGCGGCCGCAGUCGUCGAAAUCGAAGAGGAAGGCGGAAUCGCCGCCGGGAGCUCGCCGGAGGCUACAAUUGGAUAUGUCGCCAGAGAUCGAAUCUAUUUUCCGGACGAAUGAAGACGAUUCAGGGGAUCGGGAAAUCAAGAAAGCUCGAAAAGACGAUGAAGAAUCGUCGUUGUAAAUCGGAAAAUUUUCGACUCACCGAUCUCCAUUAUACACAUGGUAC